UAGUGAGUCCUGGAUGUCUGCAGAGAAACAAUCGUGUAGUUGUGCCCUCCCCUGCUCUGCCACAUAGCUGAGUAUCAGAGGCGCUCCCUGCUCUUACUUCAUGUUUACUCCGACCUCCUCCAGCCCUGUCCAGCCAUUGGUGUCGGAGCCCCUCAAUUCAGCUCAGAGUAGAGAUCAGAGAACAAGCUGAAGGCAUCCCAGAGGGAUACGGUUCGUCGGUUUAUCUCCUUCACGCAGGCAGGGGACAGGACAGCUGUGCAGUGCCUGACACAGAAUGAUUGGAAACUAGAAGUCGCCAUAAACAACUAUUUCCAGGAUUCAGGUUUAUACUACAGAGAAUUCAUGAAAACCUCAGUGGACCGCAAGAAGCUUGAACAGCUCUACAACAGAUACAAAGACCCCCAUGAUGAGAAUAAGAUAGGCAUCGAUGGGAUCCAGCAGUUCUGUGACGACCUAAACCUGGAUCCAGCCAGCAUCAGCAUCCUGGUGGUGGCAUGGAAGUUCAGAGCGGCCACGCAGUGCGAGUUCAGCAGGAAGGAGUUCUUUGAUGGGAUGGUGGAGCUCGGAUGUGAUGGUCCAGAAAAGCUUAGAGCUAUUCUCCCCAGGCUCGAACAGGAGUUAAAAGACACGGGCAAAUUUAAAGACUUUUACCAGUUUACCUUCAGCUUUGCUAAGAACCCAGGCCAGAAAGGUUUAGAUCUAGAGAUGGCUGUGGCCUACUGGAAUCUAGUUCUUACAGGUCGUUUCAAGUUCUUGGAUCUGUGGAUCCGCUUCCUGCUGGAGCAUCACAAACGCUCAAUUCCCAAAGACACCUGGAACCUCCUGUUGGACUUUGGCAACAUGAUCGCAGACGACAUGUCAAACUACGAUGAAGAAGGUGCCUGGCCUGUACUCAUUGAUGACUUUGUGGAGUUUGCUCGGCCGAUUGUAGCAGGAAAUAAACGCAACAUGACGUAAUAUCUAUUGCAGCUCUACUUUAAGGGGGGAUGCUGUUCUCUGCCCUCCUGUUUUUUUUUUCUAUUUAAUGAGAUUUUGGUACAAAGUAGCAUACAGAAAGUGUCUAAGCUUGUGGGUCUUCAGAUUUCCAAUAAUUAUUCUGCUGCAUAAGAUCCAUUUGAGGGUAAAAUGCAGAGAAAGAACAGGGAAAAGAGGGAACCGUUUUGUUUUUACUGUCGGCUGCUAUGGGAAGAUGCUGGAAGUUGAAUCUAAAAAGGUAAUGAGUAAAGCAAUACUCGUCCCUUAGAAUAGCAGCGGUGGUAGGUUUGGACGGCUUCUGUGGCCUCAUUUAAACACAGGCUCAGCAAAGCAGGCAGCCUGGCUAAAAAUUGGCUUUUAACUUCCCGUAUUUGUGAAUGAAACCGUGUCAAAGUUUGCCUGUUCUGUCAGGAUGGCGUUUUUUAAUGUCUUUGAGGUCAUCACAGUAUUAGCAGACAAGAGUGUGUGUGCUUGGGGGGUUUUACUGUAUGUUGUACAAGUGUGUUGGAUGAAGGUAAAAUGUUUCCUUCUGCACAAAAUGGAACAUCCUGGUUUUUGACUUAAGAUGUCAGAAUGUUUCAUCUUCAAUGAGAUACUAGAUAGCUGAUUUAUAUCUGAGGACUGGGCAAAGCAUCCAGUUUUCUAUCUCAGCACCAGCAUACAGAUGUUGUUAUAGUGAUAAGAGACCAGUUCUCAAUGAGAUCAUUCAUAUAUAUUGGAAUCCAAUUAUUCCCUUACACAGCAUUUUUAAAAUAAAAAUAAAAAGCUUUACAUUGUUUAGUUCAGGCUGACUUUGCGGUGCCUUAGAGCUUGAAUUUCAACCUCUAUGUGGACUGGUUUCUGUUACCCAGGUGAAGCCUUGUCACCUCUACAAACUGCACUGAUUUACACUUUUAUUUUGUAGGGAUUACAAGCAUAGAGCUAUUUCGUUUACAUGACAGUGAACUUCGCCUUUUUUUAAGUCAGCCAUGUAGAGCCAAGAGUACUUUAAAUGUUUGUUUACACUGUUUGAGGAAGUGUGCACUGCCUCUUAAUCAAAAGGUCUACAAGCUGUUGUGCUGUCAUCUAGCUGUGGCUGAGGGUUAUAGCAUUAUAAUUGUACUGUAGGCUAAUGCUAAGUCAAAGACUUUAUCUUUUAGCAGGUAAAACAACAAUGUGUUAUCAGAGUUACUGAUAGUAAAACACAAAGCAAGCCUGCGUAUGCUAAAUGCAGCGUGCAGAGCUCAGGUAGCAGCCAAUUCCAAUUCCUGUUCUGGACAUUUAGCUUCUUCUGCAGGUUGUCACCGCAACAUAAACUUAGCCAUACUGAGGAUUAUGCAUUAUGUUAUGGCAGAGCAGCUAUGCACCGUUAAAACAGCUCCUUUGGUUUAGAUGAAUAAGUUUGUUUUUAGAGUGGAGUUUGAGUGAAAUUAUAGAGAUUAGUCCAAAGGAUUAUGUGUUAACUCCAGAUUAAAUCCAGAUCAAGUGCCAUGUUCUUCAUCAUAUCAGCUGAGUGAGAUCCAGUGAAACAGCGUUUUUUUUCUUUAAAAGAUAAAUGUAACUUAUCUAGAGUUACAUCUAGAGAUACAUGAAGUUAUGAGUAUCUGUUUGCAGUGUGAGCAGUAUGUUAAAUCAGCCGUACGUCAUCGAUUGUCAGCUGUUUGUUUUGCAGAUUCAUCUUAUUAAAACAGUGUUAAAUGUUGCCAGUAUAAAAAACGCUGUUCAUGGAACAAAUCAUUUCUCAGUUGUUUCAUUCUUAAUAAUAAAAGAUUAAGCCAACAAA